AUGGGCUACGCCCUCCUCACGGCGAAGAACUACAAGUCCGAUCUCUCACCCCGGGUCAACGUAGUCUUCGGCGAGCUGCUUCUGCGGGACGGCCCGUACCGCAGCCCGCGCGAAGUCUCGCUGCACCUCAUCGGCGUGUACGAGUGGGCCACGGGCGUCCUCGUGCUCAUCGGCGACGUCCUCUUCGAGGACGUCCAGUCCGCCGUGCAGAAGUUGUACACCGCCUUCAACGACGCCCACACGCACGGCCCCGCACACUCGCUCACGGCCCAGAACAUCACCCAGGAGGCCUUCAUCCAGGCCCUCGCCCCGCGCUUCACGGAGCACCGCAAGCAGUUCGCCGGCUCCCGCCCGAAUGCACAGCGCCACAAGGGCGUCGCUUCGCAGUGCCCCUUCAUCGCCUCCUUCGCCAUCGCCCGGGGCUCGUACUCCGACAGUCUCCCGCAGGAGAAUGAGUAUACCUCGCUCUCGACCGGGCCCGGUGCCGCCUCGCCCGGGCAAGGGGUGCCUGAUCCGAGCGGCGCCUCGAUUCUGGAAAGCGCGAGGGGGGAUGUUGGAGCUGACAUUGCGCCAGGGUUCUUGAGUAAUGGGGUCGGCCCGCCGGCUGGCGCCGAGGAACACGUCAGCGAGCAGGAUGAGAUGGUUAGGAUGCAUGGGACGUUUGAGUCGGACGCGUGCAAGACCAAAAUGACCAUUGAGUUGUCGACUUUAGAUACGGAUAAGCUGUUUGGAAAGGCAAUCAAUUAUACUUUGCUGGUGACUGUGGUCGCGUUUGCGCAGGUUAUUGUGCUGAUCAGGCAGAUGGAGAUGACUUCGACGCAGGCAGGAGCUAGAAGGGUCUCGCUAAUGACUGUUGGGCUGCAGGCGGUCGCUGAUUCGUAUUUGUGCUUGGGGCAUUUGACUAUGGGGAUCGCGGUACAGUCGUUGUUUAAUGCGUUCGCUACGGCAGCCUUCUUCAAGUUUAUAUGCUUUUCCAUCUUUCUCAUGCGAUGGAUGCUCCUCAUCUGGAAGGCGAGGCGGCCUAGCGGGUUUUCCGAAGGAUGGGAGGCGAUGCGCCGCGAGCUCUCUAUGCUGUAUUCGCGAUUUUACGGGUCGCUGCUUCUUGGUAUUUUCCUGUUGUAUCAAAUGCAGAAUCACAUCCGCCUCUUCGUUUUUGCGCUAUACGCAUUCUGGGUUCCGCAGAUUAUCCUCAACGUCGUCGAGGAUCAUCGCAGGCCCCUGUUGCCGAUAUACAUCAUCGCGACCUCGGUUACACGGCUGGCCAUCCCGCUUUAUUUCUGGGGCUGCCCGCAGAACUUCUUGCAUAUCCAACCCCAGCCGUCCUCUGUGAUGGCGUUGGUUGCGUGGUUGGCAAUUCAAGUGAUAAUCUUGCUUUCCCAGUACAAGUUUGGACCCCGGUGGUUUAUUCCAAAAGCAUUUUUACCGGAGAAGUAUGACUAUUAUCGUCCACUUCCAAUGGGGGAUGAAGGUCUGGAAGAUGACAUUGAAGCACAGGAAGGUACCCGUGAAGAAGAUGAAGAGGGGAGCGACAAGAGACCACUUGUUGGGGGCAUGUCGAAUGAACCGAAGCGAGAGUGUUGCAUUUGUAUGGAGAGCGUUGGAGUACAUGCCAGGGAUCGGAUGGUGACGCCGUGCAACCAUUUCUUCCACGCAAUAUGCUUAGAGCGAUGGCUGGAGGUUCGUCUGGAAUGUGCGCUCUGUAGAACAGCAGUGCCGCCUCCAUGA